AUGUACGCAAGCGAUGUUCUUCAGUCUUCAGAAGCCUGCGGGCUCUCCUUUCUCGUCGGAGUUGCCCUCCAUCUCUACGUCUUCCGAUUCGGCGAAUGGGAUCUCUCAGCACAGCGCAUCAUCACGAACUUCACGCUCGCGUAUGCAGCAACUAUCGGGGUCACCAUGGCGUUACCAUCCUUCAUGUCCAUGAUUUCUAGAACCUCAUUGGAAGCGACCAGCCUGACUCAAGUCUCCAAAGCUGCUAUAAUACUAUUCUCAUCACUUACGGCGGGCAUCUACGCGAGCAUCCUAAUAUACCGAGGCCUAUUCCACCGCCUGCAUCGAUUUCCCGGCCCCUUUCUUGCCAAGUUCACGAACCUUUACGUCACGUUCAAGAUCUGGAACAGGAUGCACCUCCAUGAGGACGUGCGAAAGCUGCACGAGAAGUACGGCGACGUGGUGAGGAUCGGCCCGACCGAGCUCUCGAUCAACAAGUCUGGUGCCAUCGACGCCGUCUUCCUGGACACGGAUUGCAUGAAGGGACCAUGGUAUAAUCUGCUUCAUCCCAUGGUCUCGAUGCAAAUGGUUCGCGACAAGGAGGCGCAUUCUAGACGCCGAAAAGCGUGGGAAUAUGGCUUCACCUCGAAAUCACUUCGCGAUUACGAACCCCGCGUCCUCAAGUACACCGACCAACUUCUCGCCGGCAUCGAAGCCAGCGCGGGCACCAAGUUCAACGUAUCCCUCUGGUUCAACUUUUACAGCUUCGACGUCAUGGGCGAGUUCUCCUUGGGCCACGGAUUUCGCAUGCUCGAAGACGGUGUCGCGCAUUUUUACAUGAACUCGCUGCAUGACGAAACCAAGGCCGUCGGGCGCUUCACGCACGCCAUGUGGGCUCUGCCGCUAUAUCGCAAGAUGGCCAUCUGGAACGCCGGCGUCAAGAAGUUCAAGACGUGGAUCUCGGGCCAGGUGCAACAGCGGAUCCAGAAUAAGCCUGAGAGUCCCGAUAUCUUUACGUGGGUGUUGGAGGAUUACGAAGCUAAGAAGGAGCACUCCUUUCAGGAUAUGCUUAAUCUGUAUGGAGACUGUAUCUUGAUUACAGUUGCUGGAAGCGACACUGUGGCAGCUGUUCUAUCAUGCCUCUUCAUGGAGCUUGCCCGACAUCCGAAAGAGUACAGGAAACUGCAAGAUGAAGUCGACGAGUACUUCAGAGGACAUGGCAAGCCUGAACAUGCCGCCCUUUCAAAGCUGCGAUAUCUUCAAGCCUGUAUCGACGAAUCACUGCGUCUGCAUCCACCUGUACCGUCGGGUGUUCAGCGGAUGACACCACCAGAGGGUCUUCAAGUAGACGACGUCUGGCUUCCUGGAGAUACCAUUGUCUUUGUACCGUCGUACACACAGUAUAGAGACGCCAGGUUCUUUGAAAGACCAGAUGACUUCUUCCCUGAACGAUGGAUUGACCAGCCAGAACUCGUCAAGAACGCCUCAGUCUACGUACCGUUCUCGACAGGACACGACGUAUGUAUCGGGAAACAGCUCGGCCUACUAGAGACGCGAUUUGUGACCAGCGCCAUCGUGCACAAAUACAACUUGCGAUAUGCACAGGGGCAGACAGGGGAGAUAUUCCUGGAGGGCAACAAGGACACGGGUACGCUGACCGUCGCCCCGCUCAAUGUGGUAUUCUCGGCGAGGAAAGCGUAA